AUGCAUAGUAGCUUCAAAAUCUGUAGAUGCGCAGAAGAUCAAAAAGUGACCUAUGCUGUUACAACCUUUGUGGACUAUGCAUUGCAUUGGUGGGAGACUGAGUGUGCAAUCGGAGGUGAUGAGGACAUUGCUGCCAUGACUUGGGAGCAAAUGAAAAAGAUGAUGAUGGAUAAGUACUGCACACAAUCGGAGGUAAACAAGCUGGAAUCAGAAUUUCUAAGAUUAAAGCAAGGUUCGUUGUCGGUUCAAGAAUAUGUUAACGAUUUUCUUGAAAAAGCGAGGUUCGCCAGUUACCAGGUGGCUACCGAGGAGAGGAAGAUAGGUCGUUUCAAAGACGGCUUAAGAAUCGAAAUCAAACGGUACGUAGACAUGACUAAACCAACCACAUUUGUACAAGCAGUGGAAAUGGCAAAGGUGGCAGAGGAGAACAACGCUAGGGAGAAUUGUGAUAGAAGAGAGGCAAGGAGAAAAUGGGAAGGAUCGAACAAGUUCAAAAAGAUACCAAAAUGGACUCCGACUCUGGCAAAAACACGAAGCGAGGGAUUCACUAUUCCCCCAUGUAACAAAUGCGACAAGAGACAUAGGGGAGAGUGCAGAGCGGGAAGCCUGACAUGCUACAAAUGUGACAAACCUGGGCAUACCGCGCGAGAGUGUCUAGAAGGAAAAACUUGUUAUGAAUGUGGGGCCACGGGACAUUUACGACAUGACUGCCCAAAACGUCGAAAUGGUGCGACACCCCACGUAAAGACAGUGAAUAACGGGUUUGGAAAGAGAUCGAAAAAUAGGAAAGAGAGCUACCAAAGGGACACGGCCGAGCUUACAACAUGA